CGUCGCUCCUCAAGUCUUCGACGCUCCUCAAGUCUUCGACGCUCUCUCGAUUCUCGAUUCUCACUGAGCUCACUUCGCGUCGCCCUCGCGCUGUCCUCUUACGCCUUCAACAGUCUCGAGUCAUCACCACCACAGAGAAAGUUCGUGACUUCAUCGCACCGCCGGCAUGAGUCUCGAGGUCGACAAAGAUUGCUGGAAUCACUGGAAACCGGUCUUUAACCAUCUCGCUGUCAGUUACGGCUUUCCAGCAACCAGCCACUGCCAACUCAACUAUCUCCUGCGCGCCUAUAGUGGCGAAGGUACCACCUUCAGAGUUACAGGUGAAUCUUGGCGAUUUAUCAUCGAUGUCACCCGCAAGGACAAACGCAUCGUUAGCAUCAUCGCCGUCACGCUCAUUGCCCGCCACAACCAGGACGAGCGUCGCAAUGGUGCCGUCAUUGCUGCAACAUGCAGCAUUCACCCAACGCCAGCAGACCAAAGGGCCCUCGGGGCGCCUUAUCUGCGAUGGUAUCCCGUUUCCAGUGGUGGUGAGAUCUACCAGCACUGUUGCGACAAGGAGUGUACCAGGUCUGCACCCACGUCACGAGGAACGUGGGAAACUAGUCGACUCCGGAUCAUCCAGAAGGCUUACGAGCAGGAAACCUCGCUCUGGAGAACGCUGUAUAAGGAAGCCACAGGGAAAGCGUUAACCAACCCUCAGGCUUUACAGCUGGACGCUCAGCCUAUGAAUGCUGGAGACGGGCCGAACAAGAGUAUCACGACGAAACUCGGCAAGGGAACUCAAAAUCUACUUGAGAGAAUUGAUCAUAUUUCUCGACCGCAGUUGCAGCAGCUCGUGAAACGACUCCGCGCUGAGGCAGCGUCGCUGCGACAUGAUAUGCAAGCAAUCAACAUCGAAACAGGAGGUCUUCGAGAACGAACUAUCCAACUAGAAAAGGACAACGCUGGAAAGUCCGCCACAAUUGCAAACAUGGAACUUGAAAUGAGAAAUAUCCGCGACAAGAGAUCAAAGCUUGCCAAGGAGAGAAACGACCAGGCAGCAAGAAUCAGAGAACAUAAGGUUCUCAUCAACGAUCUCCGCAAGAAGAACAAGAAGCUUGAGACCAAGAUCCUCGAUUGCAAUACCCAAGACAAAGAACUAGCCAACCUCAGCAAGAAGCUCGACUCAGAGAAUGAGGCUCUAAUGGAGCACAAUGAGAAGCUCAUCAGCAAGAGAAACGUUCUCAUUGAAAACAGACAGUCUCUUCGUGACAGUAACGCCGAGCUUGAGGCCAAGAUGGAGAAGAUGGACCGCAAGAAGAAGCGCGUGGAUAACAAGUUGAGUAAGCUGGAGGACAAGACUCAGUCUCAGGGUGAACACAUCGAGGCCUUGACGAUGGCAGUUGAUGAAGUCAAAGAAGCGAACGUGGAACUGAACGAAACUACAGCCAAGCUUGAGAAAGAAAAGGAAGAGGCGAUCAAGAUCAGCGAAGGACUUGCUGAGCAGCUCACUGAGCUCGACAACGAGCUUCUGCAGAGCCGCGCCAAGGUCACCGAGCUUUGGCGUGAUAUGGAAGUGAAGAACGAAGGCGACAGACGCACCGAAGCCGCGCUCGCUGAAGCUCAACAGAAUCUCCAGCAGACUUCCGCUACGCAUUUGAAUCAGAUGGAGCAGCUCAAGAAAGAUAUCAGCGCCAAGGAUGCCCUCACCCAGCGGCUCCACGGCGAAAUUCUCUGCCUUCAACAACGAUCGCAUGCCACUCCAUACACCCCGCGCAGCGGCUACGCAGUUAGAGACGAGCGCCUUGUAUCCGCACGCGAGUUGCAGCAUCAGCGAGAGAUCUCCCGUCAGGCGAAUGAGAAAGCGAGCGACAUGGAGAGCAAGCUCGACGCGAUGAAGUUGGCCAUGGAAGCCAUGAAGUCCGAAUUGCAGACUGAGAAGGCCGAGGUGAAUGCCCGAAAGGCAGAGAUAGAUGCGAAGAGGAGCGAGGUGGAGGCGCUGGCGAAGAAGUGCAGCGAGAAGAUGAACGCGGCGAAUGCUAAGGAGGCGUACACGGUGAGCUUGGAGAAGCAGCUGGAGGAGAUGAGAGGCAACAUGGAGGGCAUGCUCGGACGCGUGUCCGUCUAUCAAGGCAAGAAGCGUCGUCGGACUGAAGGACCCGACUUUCAGCUGUGA